AUGGCACUCGCGAUACCACAAAAAUUCAAGCCCGGAACAGCUCACUGGGAAGCUCCCGGCAUUAUAAACAAGACCGUCUCUCCCAAAAAGGACAUCACAGCAAACCCAAAGACGGACCCAAUUGAGUAUCUCGAUCAAUGGUUGGGUCUUUCCGCAGAUUUAGAUGUACUUGAACGCCAGCAGCCUGGUAUGGCAGAGACUGUGCAGGUUUCACUUGCGCAGAGUGGGAACUGGACUACUGUGGUUUGGGAGCCGAUGGUUAAGGCGUUUCCAGAUAAGGAAGCUUUCGUUUUCGCUGAGGAUGGCAGGAGUUGGACAUACAGACAACUCGACGAAGACAGCAACAGAUGGGGCAACUAUCUACUAAAGAUGGGCGUGAAACCAAAGCAAAUCGUUCCACUCAUGGUGGAGAACUCGCCUGAAUACGUCAUUGCUAUGCUGGGUAUCGUCAAGUACGUUCCCAACCCUCCAAAGACUCUACGCGUCAACUUCAAUCUACGCUCGAACGCCUUGCUCCAUUGCUUGAAAGUAGCAACGGGCGAUGUCAUUGUGUUUGGAGACAACAUGAGUGAGCAUGUCAAAGAUGUCUCCUCUGGACUUUCAGCCAGGAUGAUUUGUUUUGGAAAUCAGGCUGCUGGAGAUUGGGCUUCUAAUAUGUCUAUUGCGCAGCUACGUGAGCAGUACCCUGCGACUCAGAUUCCGUAUGAGAUUCGAAGUGCGGCAGUUCCUGCUGAUUUGAUGCUGUUUAUCUAUACAAGUGGAACGACGGGUCUCCCAAAGCCAGUUACCAUAUUACAUGGAGCGACAAUUGGUGCUGGUGUAUUUAUCGCUGCAUGGGGACGAUACAGGAACUCCGAUCGUAUAUACACGCCCCUUCCGUUAUAUCAUUCAGCUGGUGGUGCUAUGGCGCUGUUGGCCGGCUUCAGAAUGGGCAUGACGGUUAUCGUGCAAAGGAAACUGUCUGCCAGGAACUAUUUCAAGGAUUGCGCAAAGUACAAUGCUACUUAUUGCCAAUAUAUUGGAGAGGUUGCCAGAUAUCUGCUUGCCAUUCCUCCAGAUCCAUCUGACCGCGCUCACAACGUCCGUGCAGCCAUCGGAAACGGUCUACGACCAGACUGCUGGCUGCAGUUCCAAGAGCGAUUUGGCAUUAAAGAAAUAAAUGAGUUCUAUGGUGCAACAGACGGACUAGGUGGAAUCUCCCACCACUGCACGUCUCCCGACACGGCCGGAAGUAUCGGUCAACUCGGUGUCUUGAUGCGCCUGUUGCAAACGUCUCGAAUCAUUAAAUUCGACUAUGAUGGUGAAAAGCCUGUUCGUACAGCAGAUGGGUUGUGUGUGGAGGCUGACGUGAAUGAGCCUGGAGAGUUUAUCAAUGAGGUCGAUGCUGCGAAGGGGAGGGUGUUUGUCGGGUAUCAUAAUAAUAACGAAGCGACGGAGAAGAAGCUGUUGCGGGAUGUGUUCAAGAAGGGCGAUUGCUGGCACAGGAGUGGAGAUAUUUUGAGGCAGGAUGCUCGAGGCUUCUUUUACUUUGUUGAUCGCAUUGGAGAUACGUUCAGAUGGAAGGGCGAGAACUGUUCGACAAAUGAGAUUGGUGACUUGCUUGACCAAUUCCCCGGCAUCGUCGAAUCAAACGUAUACGGUGCCGAAGUACCUAACAUGGACGGACGCGCUGGAAUGGCGGCCCUCGUCGUAGAUGAAAAAUUCGACAUGGCCGCACUUGGUAAAUACGUUGCCAAAGAACUACCCAAAUACGCCGUACCGCUAUGGAUUCGUAUUCGCAGCUCACAGAACUUUGAGCUUACGGGGACGUACAAGCUCGUUAAGACGGGUUUGCGUGCUGAAGGCAUUGAUAUACGCAAGUACCAGGAUAAGGUGUAUAUGUUUGAUGACAAGACGAACACGUACAAGCCGUUUGGAGUGAAAGAGUAUAAUGAUGUCGUGGGUGGGAAGGUCAAGCUCUGA